GCUGCCCAUCGGGGAUGUUUAAGGCCAGCCAAGGGGAUGAAGGAUGCAUCCACUGCCCAAUUAACAGCCGGACGACUUCGGAAGGGGCCACCAACUGCGUGUGCCGAAAUGGAUAUUACCGGGCGGAUGCUGAUCCUGUCGACAUGCCAUGCACCACCAUCCCCUCUGCCCCCCAGGCCGUCAUCUCCAGCGUGAAUGAGACCUCUCUGAUGCUGGAGUGGACCCCGCCGCGGGACUCCGGGGGCCGGGAGGACCUGGUGUACAACAUCAUCUGCAAGAGCUGCGGCUCCGGCCGUGGGGCGUGCACGCGCUGCGGGGACAACGUGCAGUUCGCCCCCCGCCAGCUGGGCCUGACCGAGCCCCGCAUCUACAUCAGCGACCUGCUGGCCCACACCCAGUACACCUUCGAGAUCCAGGCAGUGAAUGGCGUCACCGACCAGAGCCCCUUCUCCCCGCAGUUCGCAUCAGUGAACAUCACCACCAACCAGGCUGCUCCGUCAGCUGUGUCCAUCAUGCACCAGGUCAGCCGCACCGUGGACAGCAUUACCCUCUCAUGGUCUCAGCCUGACCAACCCAACGGCGUCAUCCUGGAUUAUGAGCUGCAAUAUUAUGAGAAGGAUCUGAGCGAGUUAAAUUCAACAACAGUGAAGAGCCCCACCAACACUGUGGCUGUGCAAAACCUCAAAGCUGGCACCAUUUACGUCUUCCAGGUGCGAGCGCGUACUGUGGCCGGGUAUGGCCGGUAUAGUGGCAAGAUGUAUUUCCAGACCAUGACUGAAGGUGAGUCUUCACCUGCCUCUGCAUAAAGCGUCCAGGAGAAGCUGCCACUCAUCAUCGGCUCCUCCGCGGCAGGACUGGUGUUCCUCAUCGCUGUGGUCGUUAUCAUUAUUGUGUGCAACAGAAGACGGGGCUUUGAGCGUGCUGACUCCGAGUACACUGACAAGCUGCAGCACUAUACCAGUGGCCACAGUACGUACCGCGGCCCCUCGCCAGGCCUGGGGGUCCGCUCCCUCUUCGUGACUCCGGGGAUGAAGAUUUAUAUCGAUCCGUUCACCUACGAAGAUCCCAAUGAGGCUGUCAGGGAAUUUGCAAAAGAAAUCGAUAUCUCUUGUGUGAAAAUCGAGCAGGUGAUCGGGGCAGGCGAGUUUGGUGAGGUGUGCAGUGGGCAUCUCAAGCUUCCUGGCAAAAGAGAGAUCUUUGUGGCCAUCAAGACCCUGAAGUCUGGUUACACGGAGAAGCAGAGACGGGACUUCUUGAGUGAAGCCAGCAUCAUGGGGCAGUUCGACCACCCCAACGUCAUCCAUCUGGAGGGGGUGGUGACCAAGAGUUCACCAGUCAUGAUCAUUACUGAGUUCAUGGAGAAUGGCUCACUGGACUCCUUCUUGCGGCAAAACGAUGGGCAGUUCACAGUGAUCCAGCUGGUGGGCAUGUUACGGGGCAUUGCGGCGGGCAUGAAGUACCUGGCUGACAUGAACUACGUGCAUCGGGACCUGGCUGCCCGCAACAUCCUGGUGAACAGCAACCUGGUCUGCAAAGUGUCUGACUUCGGCCUCUCCCGUUUUCUGGAGGAUGACACCUCUGAUCCCACCUACACCAGUGCACUGGGUGGGAAGAUCCCGAUACGGUGGACAGCACCAGAGGCAAUUCAGUACCGAAAAUUCACAUCGGCCAGCGAUGUGUGGAGCUACGGAAUAGUCAUGUGGGAGGUGAUGUCGUACGGCGAGCGGCCUUACUGGGAUAUGACCAACCAAGAU